GUCUGGAAAAAGGAGCACGUGUCAAGUGGCUCAGUUGUGUGGAACAAAUGCAGCAAGUGGAGGAGUAGAACUUUUCCUCCGGUCAUUUUUGAUAAGCACUGAUUUAGAAUAUGGUCUAGAAGCGAACAGAUUUACUUCAUGAAGACUAAAACAGAACUCUACAAGGACUGGGAAGAAAAUGACAGUCUUAAGACUGGUGCAGAUGCUGAGCAGGAUGCUGCUAUCAAACUUGCCCAGGAACGAGCAGAGAUAGUUGCCAAAUAUGACAGAGGACGUGAGGGGGCUCAGAUUGAACCGUGGGAAGAUGCUGACUACCAUCUGUACAAAGUCACAGAUAGAUUUGGGUUUCUACAUCCAGAGGAGCUUCCUGUCCAUGAUGUGGUGAUAGAAAAGCAAAAGCACCUUGAAAUUGAAAGAACUACAAAAUGGAUUAAGAUGCUGAAAAGCUGGGAAAAAUACAAGAAUAGUGAAAAGUUUCAUAGGAGAAUUUAUAAAGGAAUCCCACUGCAGUUGAGAGGACAAGUCUGGUCUUUGCUGCUUGAUGUUCCUAAGAUGAAAGAAGAAAUGAAAGACUUCUAUAAUAAAUUGAAAUGUCAAGCACGAGGGUCUUCGCCAGAUAUUCGGCAAAUUGACCUGGAUGUGAACCGGACGUACAGAGACCACAUCAUGUUUAGGGACAGAUAUGGUGUAAAGCAACAAUCUUUGUUCCAUAUUUUAGCUGCAUAUUCCAUAUAUAAUACGGAAGUUGGAUACUGUCAGGGAAUGAGCCAGAUCACAGCUUUGCUCCUGAUGUUCAUGAAUGAAGAAGAUGCCUUCUGGGCCUUGGUGAAACUUCUCUCUGGUCCAAAGCACGCUAUGCAUGGUUUUUUUAUUCCUGGUUUUCCAAAACUGAUGAGGUUUCAGGAACAUCAUGACAAAGUACUGAAGAAAUUUUUGUCCAAACUUAAGCAGCAUUUGGACUCCCAGGAUAUGCCCACCAGCUUCUACACAACCAAGUGGUUUUUUCAGUGUUUUCUUGAUCGUACUCCCUUUACAUUAAGCCUCAGGAUAUGGGAUAUCUACAUACUUGAAGGAGAGCGGAUUCUCACUGCUAUGUCUUACACAAUUCUGAAACUGCACAGAAAGCAUCUGAUGAAAUUACAAAUGGAAGAGCUUGUAGAAUUUCUGCAGGAGUCUUUAGCCAAGGAUUUCUUCUAUGAAGAUGACUUUGUAAUAGAGCAGCUCCAAAAUUCUAUAUCAGAAUUGAAACGAGCAAAGCUGGAUUUACCAGUAGCUGGUAAAGAAGAUGAAUUUCCAAAGAAGCCAUUGGGGCAGAUUCCAUCAGGACCUUCACCUUCUGUGCUUAACUCCACUCCAAUGCUUAAUGGACAGAACAGUACUGGUACUCAAGCAGCAAGAAGGACAGAGAGAAGACCAUCCAUGGAAGAAGAACCAGAAAGUUCACCAAAUGACCGAAAAAUAAUUAAUUCUGUGGAAAAGAAACCUUCCUUAAAACAGCAAAAGAUUCGACCAAUAGAGACACAAAACAGUUUGCCUAAGAAUGACGUAGAUAGCAGAAAAAAGCCUCAGCUAACAGACCAAGACAACUCGAGUCUAUACAAUAAUGCAGCUGCUAAUCAAAAUUCUAAUGCUACUUCCAAUACUAGAAGGGAAUUUGUACCUAAGUGGAAUAAACCGUCUGAUAUCAAAAUAUUGGAAAAGACAAUGAAGCUCACUGCAGAGGUGAAAGGGAGGCCAGUAAACCAUUCUGGUUUGGGCCCACCACCAAGUCCUGGAGAAGUGCAGCCUUUGAAUGUAAAGCAAAAGGUGAGGGUUUUGGAUGCUGAUGAAGGUAAGCGAGGGUCUAAUGCAUCUCAGUAUGACAAUGUUUCAGAGGAUGAAACUGAGAGCGAGAAUCUUGUUGAAGAGAUGCUUGAGAGAGCUCAUCCACAAAGUCCUGGGCAUGUAGCAUUUUCUAGUAGUCCAAGAAAGCAAAUGGAAAAAAUACCAGCUCCAUUAAAAAUACCCAAUAAUUACAUCUUCACUUCACAGCCCAGAUCUCCAAAAUACGCAUCUCAGUCUGAUGGUCCAUCUCAUGGACUGAAUGUAAAACAGCCACUGCCAGGUUAUAGUAAUCCCCCUACUUACUAUGGGAAUUCUCCAAAGCACGUUUCCAGUAUAGGCAAUACAAGUUCUUCACCUCUGCAUUACCACGGAAAUCGACCCAGCCCCUCUGGAAGGCCAUACCCUUUUAUGUCAGUAGAUUAUUCCCCAAAUAAGCUGCAAAUGAAUUCCUAUCCUGCCAGUCGCCAAAAUCCUCUUUCACCAGCCCCUGCUCAGACAGAAGUUGCUCCUGUUGAUGCUUACACCACCAGCUUGAGGUCCUCUCCAGGUGUCAAAUUCAUAAUCCCUCCAGCAGAUUAUUUACCAGAGGAGAGAAAGUGGCCAGAUGCCACCUACAUCUACAGACACGAACCCUACAGGCAGCCCUGGAGCCAAGACCUUAACAAAGGUCACUUGGAUAAUUUCCAGAAAUACCAGCAUUUCCAGCCAACACCUUUACAAGACCGCAGUCUUCCUCCUGUUUCUGUGGAUAGUCCAGUGAGAUACAGGACUUCCCCAACCUUUGAAGAGAAUGGUUCCCCACAGUACCAAUAUCCAAGCCCAUCAGCUCAAGCCCAACACUAUCGGAGCAGAACUGAUGGAUUGUCUAUGCAUGAAUCUGUGCUUCUCUGAGAAUCUGGCUAUGCUUAGUGAAAUGGCAAGAACCAAAACCAGUUGAACAGUACUGUGUUACUAGUAGUCCACCUCAGUUCUCUGAAAUGUGGAUGGUUCAUGUGAGUUCAAAAAUAAUGACACUAUUUCAGAGAUGUUUCAGGCUUUGGUUGAAAGCUGGUGGAGUUCUUGGACUUGCAUGGAAGCUACUGGAAGUGAUCUAAUGCACAUAGACAUAGCAAUAAGCUCAUAUACACCAUGUGGUUCAUGCUGUCGUCUCUCCUUACAUUUUAAAUAACUUGUGUUACAAUCCUUCUGCCUAAAACCUGUAACACACUGAAAAGUUUUAUUUUGACUGACAUUGUUAAUGCACUGUACAGAUG